UGGGCGGGGCCCGCAGGAGGGGGGGCGGGGCCGAACCGGUUGCGCGCGCAAAUGGCAAUCACAGUUGGGUCAAUCCAAGAUGGCGGUCGCGGCGUUGCGAGCAGCUGUGCGGGACGCGGGGCGCUGCGUCCGAUGGAGCUACGGGCCGCGGCAGCUGAGCCAAACCCAGGGGUCUCAUGAAAACCCCAGCUUUCUGGAGUCUGAGGAUGAAUACCAAUUUGUGGAGCGCCUGUUUCCCCCUACCAAAAUCCCACAGCCACCAAAGCAUGAACAUUAUCCCACUCCCAGUGGCUGGCAGCCUCCCAGAGAUCCCCCUCCUAGCUUGCCCUACUUUGUUCGUCGAUCCCGGAUGCAUAAUAUCCCUGUCUACAAGGACAUCACACAUGGCAACCGACAGAUGACUGUGAUCCGGAAGGUAGAAGGGGACAUCUGGGCUCUACAGAAGGAUGUGGAAGAAUUUCUGAGCCCACAGCUGGGAAAGACACCUGUCACCCAGCUUAUUCAGCUUACAGGUACUCUUCGAAUCAAGGGCUACUUUGAUGAGCAGCUUAAAGCCUGGCUUCUUGAGAAAGGCUUCUGAGGCCUGAUGAUCAGCCUCUGUGGCAGUGCCCUCUACAAACUGGCGUCCAGAGAGGAAGUGGAUUUGGAGUCUCCGGAAUGGGAUUCAAAGCACAGGGUUUAGGGAUCGGUCAAGAUAUCAAGGGAGACAGUAACUGCUGUCCCUUUGCAUUUCUUAGGUCAGCCAUUCUGGAAACAACCACCGAACCCUGUUUUGGGGGCUUCACGGGACAGACCUUCAGGAGCUUUUGGUAUAAGCUAGACUGGAAAACAACACAGGACAAUGACAUGGCCUGGAAUGGACAAGACAGACAGUUUCUAAGUGCUGUUAUAGGGAGUGUUGGGGACAUCAGCCUGCUGUCCAAUCUCGGUCCAACUCCAUCAUUAAAUUGACUAAGCAGUGUUCAGAUCCUGGCUACCCUGCUUGCCUUCACACCUAAGGUAGAUGAGAUAUCAACCUCCCAGUGCUUAGAGUUUCCAUGUGUGAGAUGAAAGUAUACUUAGUUGUUGAAUGGUCUCAGCAUCAUUUCAGGAAACCACAGGCCAUUCAUAAGUCUACAGGCUGGGCAAGGAAAAGGAGCCCCAUCCUAAGUUAUAAGCUCCACCAGUCAUUAAUGCAAGUUUUUAUUUGGCUGUAUGUACAAUGUAAGCUAUUAAAAUUUGUACAAUAUUUACAAAUUAAAUAAUCAUCUGAAA